GAAGCCUUUAACUGGAUCAGUACGACUUCUCGCGAGGUGGAUUUGAGUUUACUAAUUGUUUGAUGAGCAAAAGCCAAUUGCCAUAUUCUUCCUGAGUGAUGCUUUUUACUAUGAUAUGAUGCUCCGCGACAAAACUUAGACAGCAGAAAGUGGGGAGUGUUUGUAUUUGAAGUUUCAGUUAUGUAUUCGCAACUUUAGAGCCCAAAAACUUGUCAGAAGAAAGUGCAACAGGACGAAUAUACAAGUAGGAUACAUUGACGUUGUUGGAAGCAGGGGAGGAAAAGGAACUAAACGCACAUUUCUUUAGUUUCAUUACAUUGCAAAAAGAUCAUACUUCGGAUUUGAUUUUGCCAAGUUCUCAUCCUAGUUUCCACGGCACUCUUCUUCGUUCGGGUGUCUUCAACAAGUGGGAUUAAAAGUUCUCUCUUUGAUUUUCAUUGUUUGACUCUGAAUGAUACUUUGUAAGACAUUUCACACUAGUGAAAUUCCCUAUCUUUACCUUUUCAGUCAUGAAAAAUGCGGCUGCUGCCGUCAAAACGUCUUUGCUAAACCAAUCAGAUACUCGUACCAUUGCCAACUUUUACGCAGUCCAGCUCCAACUUCUUUGCCGAGAGAAAAAGUAUGCCAGCUCAGCUUUUGCUCUUGUUCGAUCAAUCCAUGGCAACAUGAUUACCUCCGGAUUCAGGCCACGAAGCCACAUCCUUAAUCGCUUAAUCGACAUUUACUGCAAAAAUUCCGGCCUUGCGUAUGCAAAGCACCUGUUUGAUAGAAUUCCCCAACCAGACGUCGUGGCAAGAACAACAAUUAUUGCUGCAUACUCUGCUUCCGGUGACCCCAAGCUUGCAAGAGAGGUUUUUAAUAAAACCCCAUUAAGCAUCCGCGACACUGUUUGUUACAACGCUAUGAUUACAGGCUAUUCACACAACAAUGAUGGCCAUGCUGCUAUAAAACUAUUUCUUGAUAUGAGGUGGAAAAGUUUUCAGCCUGAUGAGUACACCUACACCUCGGUGCUUGCAGCUUUAGCCCUUAUAGCUGAUCAUGAAAUGCACUGCGGGCAGCUGCAUUGUGCUGUUGUGAAGUCGGGCAUGGCGUCAGUUAAGUGCGUCGUCAAUGCACUUAUAUCAGUCUAUGUAAAAUGUGCUUCAUCACCCAUAGCGUCAUCCGUGGUGUUGAUGGACUCAGCAAGCAAAUUAUUUUAUGAGAUGUCAGAGCGGGAUGACUUGUCCUGGACUACGAUUAUCACAGGGUAUGUGAAGAAUGAUGACCUUGAUGCUGCUCGGAAGGUGUUUGAUGGUAUGGAUGAGAAGUUGCUUGUGGCAUGGAAUGCAAUGAUCUCUGGGUAUGUACAUAAAGGUUUCAUCUUCGAAGCAUUAGAUAUGUUAAGGAAAAUGCACUCAGCAGGGUUGAAGCCAGAUGAGUUUACCUGCACUAGUAUCCUCAGUGCUUGUGCCGAUGCUGGAUUGUUUCUUCUAGGAAAACAGGUGCAUGCUUAUGUUAGACGAACAGAAGAGGAAAUUCAUGUGUCUGUGCAUAACGCUUUAAUAACAUUAUAUUGGAAAUGUGGUAGAGUCGACGAAGCAAGAAAAGUUUUUGAUAAUCUAGCCUUUAAGGACCUUGUUUCGUGGAAUGCAGUUCUAUCAGCAUAUGUAGGUGCAGGGCGGAUUAAUGAAGCUAAAUUAUUCUUUGAUGAGAUGCCAGAGAAGAAUUCUCUGGCAUGGACAGUAAUGAUAUCAGGAUUUGCACAAAAUGGAAAAGGGGAAGAAGCACUUAAACUGUUCAACCAAAUGAGACUACACGGGAUCGAGCUGUGUGACUAUGCAUUUGCAGGAGCUAUUACAUCUUGUGCAGUGCUUGCAGCACUAGAAACUGGAUGCCAACUCCAUGCUCAGCUUAUCCAGCGUGGAUUUGAUUCAAGCCUUUCAGCUGGAAAUGCAUUAAUAACAUUUUAUGGAAGAUCUGGGGUCAUUGAAGCUGCACGUACUGUGUUUCUCACAAUGCCUUGUGUAGAUUUGGUUUCUUGGAAUGCAUUAAUUGCUGCCUUGGGACAGCAUGGAUAUGGUGCUCAAGCCAUAGAACUUUUUGAACAGAUGUUAAAUGAACAUAUAACUCCUGAUAGGAUCAGCUUUCUCACAGUUAUAUCUGCUUGUAGUCAUGCAGGAUUGGUAGAAAGGGGACGACACUACUUUAAUAUAAUGCAUAGUGUUUACAAAAUAAAUCCAGGAGAAGAUCACUAUGCCCGUUUAAUUGAUUUGUUGUCUCGAGCUGGAAGGUUAUUAGAAGCAAAAGAUGUGAUCCAGACUAUGCCUACUAAACCUGGGGCACCCAUGUGGGAAGCUCUUCUUGCUGGUUGCCGAACUCAUAGGAACGUGGAUUUGGGGGUUGAAGCAGCAGAAAAACUCUUUGAGUUGACGCCACAACAUGAUGGAACCUACAUACUUUUGGCUAACACCUUUGCUGCUGCAGGCCGGUGGGAUGAUGCUGCUAAAGUACGAAAACUGAUGAGAGACCAAGGGGUGAAAAAAGAGCCCGGAUGUAGUUGGAUUAAGGUUGAGAAUACAGUUCAUGUCUUUUUGGUGGAUGAUACUGCACAUCCUGAAAUUCAAGCAGUGUACAACUAUCUGGAGGAGUUAAGACUGAAGAUGAGGAAAAUGGGAUAUGUUCCAGACACACAAUAUGUGUUGCAGGAUAUGGAGGCUGAGCAAAAGGAGUAUGCUAUAUCAACUCAUAGUGAAAAGCUGGCAGUUGUAUUUGGGCUCUUGAAACUUCCUCGUGGAGCCACAAUUAGGGUCUUCAAGAACCUACGGAUUUGUGGUGACUGCCACAAUGCAAUUAAAUUCAUGUCGAAGGUUGAGGCAAGUGAAAUCAUCGUCAGAGAUGGAAAUAGGUUUCAUCAUUUCAGGGAUGGUGAAUGCUCAUGUGGGAAUUAUUGGUGAGAUAUGGGAUAAUGAUUACUGUCACCUAAUGAGUGUCUUGGUUUCUGUGGAGAUUUGAAGAAGUCAUUCUGGAAGUGGUUUUGUUGCCAAGGAAAAGUUAUAGCAUCUUCGGGCAUUAAAAUGUAAGACUUCAAUGCUGAAGUAGGAAUAUGUUGCUACGUCUUGUUUGACUGGCAUUUUGAAAAUGGAUGUGCAUUGUGAACGUUUCUGCUUUGUGUUCCCUGAUGGUGAAUGCUCAUUGGAUACCUUCUAGAUACUUAAGGCAUAAUGAACUAACGAGAUAGAGAUUGCAUAUAUCUUAUAGUUAUACACGAUUGAGUAACUACCAAACAAAGAACUUGCAGCUCCUUGAUGCUCCCAGUUUGUGAAUAAUGGAAAUGCCAAAGGGUUGAGUGACUCUCUGCUUGGGAAAUGAUACAGUUGAGUUUCUAGAAUCCUCAAGCAUAUUAGCGAAGAAAUAUGUUUCCAUGAUACAAGUUUCUAUAGCACGCACUUUAUUGAAAUAAUAUUUCUCGCACUAUUUGAUCUAGAUGUUCCUAGGAACUUCGACCCCACAUUUCUUGCCUUUUUAUUUCUUUUAAGUUGAAUGAGUUUAGUUGAUGGGAUUCUCUUUAGGUUUUACGUUGUCAUUGGUUUCAAGUUUUAUGAAUUCAUUGAGUACAGCUUGCAACUCAUCUAUAGAUGGGCACCUUCAUGUCCUACAGUGAGUAUAAUCCAUUUGUCAACCAUAUUUAAGUUGACGAUCUUUCACAUCCAUUGGUUAAAACAAGCAUAGAGCUGAAGGCAGACUUAGUUUUCCGCGAUGCUCCUUGGUUGGCACAUUUGUAUCUUUAGCAAGUGAGCUGCUUUUUCUGGGAUCUAAUUGGACUCAAUAAAUUCAAGUGGUGCUCUCUGUUCGUGACCAUUCUGAUCAGCUGUAUGUUUUUUCAGGAUGCUCUGUGAUAGCAGAUAUACAUGUAAAGGUGUUUUCCCCUAAUAUUUGGUGCGGAGCGUUUCCCCUAAUAACUAGACCAGCCACUUUUUAAUAGAAUUCUUUGAAGUGGCCUUAUUUAGGAUUGAUCCAAGCCACUGAAAAUUAUUGUUUUUGGGGAUCAUUAAGUGUUCGUGAAGAAUAAUACAAUAUCUUAGCAAACUCUGAAAUCAAGCUGGCAUUCAAAUUCCUUCUUAAGACGAGUCAAAGGAUUUGAUAGAGGUUACAGAUACUUACAAUUUUAUCACUUUGGUAUUCAUUUGCCUUCUUUUUUUGUUGGUCUUUUAGGUUUACACACAAAUUUGUUUACACACAAAUUUGUUUACACAUACGUUGUACACUUGUACUUGUCUCUCUUGGAAUCUGACAUUUGAAUGCAAGCACAUGUUGUAAUUUGAUAGGAGAAAAUAGAAGGUAAAGGACAAAACAUACAGAACAUAAAUGGACAACAAAUAUAUACAAAUGUCCUAAUGAUUACAUUCUUUAAGAAGAAAAUAGAGGGACGGCUUCCAUUUUUGAUGGACUCCUUUUACUAGCCAAAGUACUAAAAGACAGCUUUCAUUUCAAAUAGAAUAGAAGUCUAUUAUGUCUGGCCCCACUCGAUGUUAUCAAUGUAAACAGACGGCUUAUCUCUGUCAACAUAGUAGGCUAUCUUGAUGUUGUAGCAAGAAAUCAUAAGCAGAAGAAACAAUAAAACCAACAAUUUCUUGUUAGAGAAAGGAACAUUAGAGAAAAAAAAGGGAGGAAAGACUUGCGGACAGUUUUGAGUCUUUUUGACAUCUUCCUUUCUUUAGAGCAAAGUGGCUUGUCAUUGCAUAAGUUUUCUGGCAGAGUGCAGACCAUGGAGCAAGAAAGGGUUGAGAAAGCACGUCAUAUUGUGGUGCUAGCAGUUCAGGGACAGGGCCAUAUAAACCCAAUGCUCCAAUUCUCAAAACGCCUGGCUUCCAAAGGGAUCAAAAUCACAGUAGCUACCACGCUCUCCAAUUCCAUGGCCUUGAAAGCUGCUUUAUCUGACUCCAUAAUCACUUUUACAUCUAUAUACGAUGAUUGCUCUGAAGGCGGGCUGGUCGGCCCAGAGGGUUUCAAAGGAUUUCUAGACAGAUUCCAGGCCAGUGGCCCAACAAACCUAACUAAAUUCAUUAUGGAUCAAGAACAAACAGAACACCCAGUUAAGUGCUUUGUUUAUGAUGCUAACAUUCCCUGGUCUUCUAAGGUAACAACCUGUUCCGGAAUAUCGUGGGUUAACUAGCACACAAUCUCACACAAAGUAAAUAGAGAAAAAAAAUCAACACAAGGAUUUAACGAUGUUCG